AUGCUUGAAGAUAGAAAAUUCAAUUUAAGCCGAAUUGAUUAUAGCUUUGAUGAAAAAAUAUACACAAGCUUUGGAGAUAGCGAAACUGGGCUAGAUACUCCUGAAAUAGCUAGGCCGAAAUCAAGAACUCCUACAUUAUUCCAUCAUCGCCAAAUGAGUCUUCUAAGAAGGAAAGAAAAGCAUACUUAAACUUAAUUAGGAUUAUUGAAAAGAUCCUGCAGGCUCUUUGGUCAGCCCAUUCACCUCCCUAAAGCUAAGCUGUUUAUUUACCAGUCUGAGCACGGCCUCUCAUUGUGCUGCUUCCCAUGGACGAGGGUUUGCACUUGUUUCCCGUGAGUCAGAGGCACCAUGCCAUACGUCGACGGGGAUUGGCUCCAGAAAAUUCGAAAAAACGAAUUUUCUGGUCACCUGUGGAAAAAUAAGGAAAUUUCGUGGCCCUGGACGCAACGCCUGGUAUCGCGCUGGGGAAUGUUCCCAAUUGGCCAGGAGGAGGAACCUCAUUGGUACUGCUAUCCCUCCGAGAUAAACCUUGACCUGGAUGUGAGAUUGCAGUCUCAAACCAGACAUUGCGCUCGACCGAACCAAGUAAAGCCGACCGGAUACAUAUUACACUUCAAAGUCCCUUGGUUACAGGUGCUAAGAGGGUGGGCUUGUUCGCCUUACCAUUUUAAUGUAUAUGAAAGAAAAACAUACACGAAAAAAUAACUCCAAAGACUUCAAGCCAAAAACCUUUAAAGAUCUUGACAGCGUUAUUAACUAUCUAAGCACAAAAACCCCAGAAUGGCACAAUCUGAAAGCUCAACUUAAAAAUCCAGCUGUUGGGAACAAUAAUCAAAAAUUAAGAGUCCUCAGCGAAGGAUUAUGCCAUGAAAAAAAAUUGGGACCAGGAAGCUAUAUAUUGCUCACAAUUAAUUUUUUUUUAAUUUUUUUUUAUAAUAAUACUUAACAUUAAUAUUUUUUUAGCUAUUAAGGGUCGAAUUCACUGUUAAUUUAUUUUAAACAGUUAUGUUUCAAAUACUCCAACAUCUGGCCCAUCUUUCAGAUUUUCCCCUACACCAAGAUUUACUUCUACUGACGAAGAAAGAGCCGACGUCUUGUACCCAAAAUCUCUCUAUCUUAGUGAGUCUAGAAGAGUCCAAAUAAACAAAUUAAUCAAAAAAAACAAAAACCUCUCAAAAUUCACCCCAGAAGAAUUCAAAAAUCUUUUAUCAGAUAAAUUUAAAGAAAAAAAAGAAAGGGAAUAUCAGAUACGAAAAGUCAAAAAAUUUUUAGAUGAGAAAAAACAUGAAGAAAUUAAGAAUAAAUAUUUAGAAAAACAAAAAAGAUUUGAGCAAUUUAAGUAUAAAAAAGACUAUGAUAUAAUAGGGAAGGCUUGGCUUGUUAUUGCAGUAUCAAUAGGGAUUUGUACAUCUCUGCAGUGCAGAUUUUCAAAAAAAAUAAAAACACAAAAAAAUAAAACAAGGCUAAACUCUUUAUUUCGAACCGUCUCUAAGUCUAUAGGAAGAAUCUCUAGACGCAUGAAAACCCAAAAAAUACAAAAAGCAAUGGAAACCAUAAAGAGAUUGCUUGUUCCUUAUAUAAGAAAUCGCACCCAGAACAAAGGCCAUAGAGAAGCCAAAAUGGUCUGUGAAAUUAUUGAUAGGAUGAUGUUUAGUAAAAAAAUUUUCAGCUUAAUAUUUUAUUGGAGAGGAAAAAUAAAAUUAGUACAAAAAAUAUGAAAAGAUGCCUAUAUAAUAAGAAAAGCAAAAUUAAAAGCACUUAAAAAAUUGUGGCAAAGAAUUGAAAAAGAACUGCAUACGAAAUAUAUACAAGUUCAUGGAGGGACAAGGUCAUGGGUGCCUCCUUUAGUAAGGAAUCAUUUUAUAAAGGAAUUUUUAAGAAAUCAUUUAAUUAUGUAUGCUUCGGAGUCCAAAAGCUAUCACCAAAAAGUCGAUAUACGAAUUAAAUUAAAUAACAGCUUUAUAAAUAGGUAAAAUUAGUAUCUAAAUUCAGCUAAAAUAGCAUAAAAUAACUAAAGAAUUUUUAUCGAGUGUAAUUGAAAGGGAUAUGGAAGAAUGAAUUACAGGCAAAAAAAUUUAUUUACAAGAUAAGCUUCCUCCCAAACCUAUACUGAAGCUUUAUACUGAUAAAGCCACUAUGAAAAGUUUAGUUGAAAAAGCUGAAAAAUCUAGACUUCAAUGGGAAAGAAUAAUUUCAGCAGAAAAAAAAAUUCUUGGGAAAGGUGAUACCAGGCUUAAAAAAGACCCAAUUAAUAAUCUUGCUAAACCUGUAAAUGAUUUUGAAGAAGACAAAGAAGAAACAACAGAAAACGAAAUCGCAGCAACUCAGCCAACCGAAGGUGUUGAGUUUUCUGUAGAUUUAUCAGCUGAAAUUUUUUAUGACCCUCCUAAAAGAUCUAAAAACCACAAAAAAUCUCGUAAAAAAACUGUGGUAAAGCCUAAAAAAUAA